GGUUUUUUUGGAUCAUUUCAUAAUCGAAGUUAAAUUAGAAAGACGCAGCAUGGACAUUAUAAUUUGUUAUUUUUAUUUUUGUCAAGGUAACCUGGUUUCAACAGUGCAAUGUGGCUGUAUCGUUUUCUCAAGCCAGUACCUAAUAAUCUGAUUCUUGGCAGAGAACACAUUAUUAAUAGUACGACAAAGAUUAUAAAAGAGAACCGUAAAUUGCUGUUUGGUAGAUUCCAAAAGCACGCACCUUAAUUAACGGACCAAAACCUCAAAAGAGGAUGGAAACAGCGUACAUGAUCUGACAAAAACAGCGUGCAUUAGGGAAUAAGGAGCAUUUUAGCUUUUAGUAUGUUAUAAGCUGCUUAAGAAUCUUCAGAAACUUAUAGCUCGGUUUGUGUUGUUCAAGAGAUUUUCUGAUUGAAAUGAAAAAGAAAAAAAAAAGGUUGGUGGGUUUCCAUGUUGGUUUGAAGCUAUUAACUAAUAAGCCAUUCCUUGCUCUACCUCGAGGAAAUCCCACCUUGCUUUAAUUCUUUUAGAUAUUUCAUAAAACAACAUGAUACCCAAACAAGACAUACAAGACAUAUAUGCUGCUGCUUUAAUUUCCCCCCUUUCCCUCUUCCCUUGUACAUUGCUUAAACAGAAGGGUCUCGUCUCAUCUCUAUUUCCAUUUAUAUUCCUUCCCGUUAAUAGAUUAUUAGGUACUGGGGAGCAAAAUCUCUCUCAUGUUUUCGUACAUUUCAAUUUCCAUUUAUUCACCUUUUUUUUUUCUAUAUUUUAUACUCUAGAUAAUCUAGCUGAAUUAAUUCUGCUCGGUGCUAUUAAACUUCGGCUCUGAAUAAUAAUCUGAUUGUUCAAUCAACCGCUUGUGAGAAUAACCAAAUAAGACGGUUGUCAUAGUGCUUAGCAAUUUACUGAAUUUAGAAAUGAUGGUGGCAAGUGAGCUACAAGGACUUUCCAUGUCCCUGGCUUCAAAGAAGCCAACCUUCCACCGUGACAAGGAUUUGUCUUCCUCAUUCUCUGGUAGGAGAGUGAACUUGCUUCAAUCAAAGAAUGUAGUAUCUGGUUUUCGUCCGGGAAAAUUCUUUAGUGUCACACACAGAAACACAACCAGAAGAUUUAUGACUAUGUCUACUCUUGCAGAUGUUGCAAAUGACUUUAUGUCCCUUCAAUCACCGAUACUUACAGGAAGAGAAGCCAACCCAAAGACUGUUGCAUCGAUCAUAUUAGGCGGAGGAGCUGGAACUCGUCUGUUCCCCCUUACUCAAAGAAGAGCUAAACCUGCUGUACCAUUUGGAGGAUGCUAUAGACUAGUUGACAUACCGAUGAGUAAUUGCAUUAACAGUGGAAUUAACAAAAUUUACGUCCUCACUCAAUAUAACUCUCAGUCCCUCAACCGACACAUUGCUCGAACAUAUAAUUUAGGAGGUUGCAUCAACUUUGGAGGUGGUUUUGUUGAGGUAUUGGCUGCAACUCAAACACCUGGUGAAUCAGGAAAAAAGUGGUUUCAGGGUACAGCCGAUGCUGUAAGACAAUUCCUUUGGUUGUUUGAGGACGCUGAUCACAAAAAUAUAGAGAACGUUCUGAUAUUGUGUGGUGAUCAGCUCUAUCGAAUGGAUUACAUGGACAUUGUGCAGAAGCACGUUAAUUCAUGUGCUGAUAUAUCAGUAUCUUGUCUCCCAGUGGAUGGCAGUCGGGCCUCUGAUUUUGGAUUGGUGAAGGUUGAUGAAAGAGGACGGAUAUGCCAGUUCUUAGAAAAACCUAAGGGCGAAUUGUUAAGAUCUAUGCAUGUAGAUACGAGUAUUUUUGGACUAUCAGCUCAAGAAGCAAGAAAAUUUCCAUACAUCGCAUCAAUGGGUAUAUAUGUGUUUAAAAUAGAUGUUCUGCUAAAAGUUCUCAGGGGCUGUUAUCCUAAUGCAAAUGAUUUUGGAUCUGAGGUCAUUCCCUUGGCUGCAAGAGAUUUUAAUGUCCAGGCAUGUCUUUUCAAUGGUUAUUGGGAAGAUAUUGGGACUAUAAAAUCUUUCUUUGAUGCGAACUUGGCUCUUAUGGACCAGCCGCCCAAGUUUCAGUUGUAUGACCAGUCCAAGCCUAUUUUUACUUGUCCUCGCUUCCUACCACCAACUAAAAUGGAGAAGUGUCAGGUAAUUAACUCUUUGAUUUCAGAUGGUUGCUUUUUGAAAGAGUGCACAGUACAACAUUCCAUUGUGGGAAUUCGAUCACGACUUGAUUCUGGAGUGCAGAUAAAGGAUACCAUGAUCAUGGGUGCUGACUAUUACCAAACAGAAGCUGAAAUUGCUUCCCUUGUAGCAGCGGGAAAUGUUCCAAUAGGCAUUGGGAAAAAUACAAAAAUUGUGAAUUGUAUAAUUGACAAAAACGCAAGAAUUGGAAACAAUGUAAUUAUUGCAAACAAAGACAAUGUGCAGGAAGCAGACAGAGGAUCAGAGGGGUUUUAUAUUCGAUCAGGAAUCAUUGUGGUGUUAAAAGACUCUGAAAUAACCAAUGAUACAAUCAUUUAAUCAUCACUUCAAUUUUUCACUCAGAAUAAAGGGCUAGCUCAACCAUCAAUUUUUGAAUCUUCUUCAAUCAUGGGAAUCAAACAAACUACACAUUUAUUUCACUUCCUUCAACAUUUUUGUUGGCUCAUUCAACAGAACAGCCAACAAAAUCAAAUUCUUUCUACACCUUUAUUUGUAUGGCUGAUAUAAGCCAAAAUGGUUAAAGAUUAGUUGAGAUUAUUUGCAAGAUUGAAUAUUACUUUUAGUUUAAAAGAAAUCGAUUACAGAAAUAAAAGAAGCAUAUCUCAUUCUGGUUUAAUCAUCAACUUUAUCCAAUAUGCAAGU